GUCACAGUUUAUAGUUAGACAACAAAAAAGAAGAAGUCGGAGCUCCGUAUUAGUCCUAGUCUGACCCGAUAACCCGAAUUAUCAACCCGGUUCGUUUUUCUCCGUUCUCAUUUUAAAUUUCUUCUCUCCGGGAAAAACAAAUCGGGAGAUUUCUGGUUUGGAAAAUUUCGCAGUGAGUUUUACUGCUUCGUGAGAGUGGAGAUUUUGUUCAGAAAUCAGAAUCGAUCUUCGCACGAAGAAAGACAUUUCAGGAUUAGACACAGAAGAAACCCCACUCGUGCCGGCGACGAAAAUAGACUAAACCUUAAAAGAGGAAAGAAAGCAGAGCUCAAAGAUCUUCAAAUUCAAUUCCUCACAUAAAUCGAAACAAGAGGGCUGAAAAGGCAGAGAUACACGAAAAGAGGCAAAAGAUGUUCACUUGCAUAGCUUGUACGAAAGCAGACGGAGGUGAGGAAGUCGAAAUCGGAGCGCGUGGUGGCACCACUCCCAAUACUAAAGAAGCCGUCAAAAGCCUAACCACACAGAUUAAAGAUAUGGCUAUGAAAUUCUCUGGUGCUUAUAAACAAUGCAAGCCAUGUACUGGUUCCUCAAGCAGUCCCAUGAAGAAAGGACAUAGACCGUUCCCAGAUUUCGACAAUGCUUCUGAAGGUGUUCCAUACCCUUACAUGGGUGGAAGCGCCGGUUCAACUCCUGCUUGGGACUUUACAACCUCCUCUCACCAUCAAGCGGGACGGUCAGAGCCAAAGUUCACUUCAAUCUAUGGAAACGAUCGAGAAUCUAUCUCUGCUCAGUCUUGUGAUGUGGUACUAGAUGAUGAAGAGCCUAAAGAGUGGAUGGCUCAAGUAGAACCUGGUGUCCAUAUCACAUUCGCUUCGCUUCCUAGUGGAGGAAAUGAUCUGAAACGUAUCCGCUUUAGCCGGGAGAUGUUCGACAAGUGGCAAGCUCAACGUUGGUGGGGUGAGAACUAUGACAAAAUCGUUGAGCUCUACAAUGUACAGAGAUUCAAUCGCCAAGCUCUUCAAACGCCUGCAAGAUCCGAGGACCAGUCACAGAGAGACUCAACUUACUCGAAGAUGGAAUCAGCGAGAGAAAGCAGAGACUGGACUCCAAGACACAACUUCAGACCUCCAGGAGUUAGUGUCCCGCAUCAGUUUUAUGGCGGCUCUAGCAACUAUGGUCAUCACGGAGGAGGUCCAAUGGAUGCAGCACGAACCACCACAUCUUCCAGAGAUGAACCGCCGUCAAUGAGCAAUGCUAGUGAAAUGCAGGCUGAGUGGAUCGAAGAGGACGAGCCAGGCGUUUACAUUACCAUCAGACAAUUAGCAGAUGGGACUAGAGAGCUACGUCGGGUCAGAUUCAGCCGGGAACGAUUUGGGGAAGUGCACGCAAAGACGUGGUGGGAGCAGAACAGAGAGAGAAUACAAACACAGUACCUCUAGAAAAAGAGAAAAAUAUGAGUCUCUCUACCAAAUCUUUGAUUAAUUUAUUCUCCCCCACACAACGACACAUCUAUAUACGCAUUUUGCUUAUCUUGGUUUCUUCUUUUUGAUUAAGAUCUAUACAUAAAUCAAGUGUUUUGGAUCAUGAUCGAUAAGUAAAGAUGAUUAUAUAUAAGUAACCAGUUAAAGCCUAAAAGGAC